GAGCUGGCGCGGCCAGGCUGGAACGAGCCACGGAAGGAGAAGCUGGUUCGGGAGAUGGCUGUUGGUUUCGAACGAAAGGAGCGCGAGUUUGAGCACCAGGGCGCCAUCAACGCGUGCUGGCUUGCUCUUGGAGGUGGCCGGCCGGUUGGAACAGAAAGAGGGGUAUCGGUGAUCUGUGCCUCUGACAAAGUUCUUGCUAUGUUUCGAAAAGCCCUGUAG